UAACGCUGUAGAGUAGUUUCCUGUCUUCAUGAAAUUUGCUUCAACAUCCCUGGUCAUCACUUUAAAUUACUUUUUGCUAUUUCACUCGAGAAAAAAUGAUUUUAGUUAGCUUACGUAUUCUUAAAACUGAAUCAAAAGGCAAACGGGAACCUGGCUGUAAGUUUAUUUCUUUGUAAUGUUGAUGAGACACGAGUAGGAGGAGGUUGAUUUCGUCUGCCGUUCGUCAGAUUUGGGGAGGAGCCUCUCACUGACAAGAGACUGCUUCUUCUGAGUUUGUCAGCUCCCUAAAAUAGAAGCCCGUGUGUCAAUGUGACUGAAAAUACAUUUAUGUCACAUCGUAGCCGCUGGAGUCACUGAUACAGAGUAUCUAUAUACAGCGAGGGACUGUGGAGAAAAAGGACAGCUUUUUUCCCAAGGAGGAGAAAUCAGCAGGAAGCUCAAACAAGAGGGGAGCAUUGAAGAAAAGGAAGAGUGUGCAAGAAAGAGAGAGAGAGGAAGAAAGAGAGACACAAAGGAAGCAAAAGGCUGGAGCUGGAUAUUCUUGAUCCUACAAAGAGGAUAUCGCUGCUUUGAUAGUGGGAUUGCUGUGUGGUCACGACAAGAGAGGCUGUGAGACAGACUGAUAAAGCGAGCGCGAGAAGACGAAGGCUGAGAGGAAGACAGCGGCGAGAGAGUGAGAGAGAGUACAAUGUGCUAGGAGGGGCGAAGGAACACAAGCUUGGGUGUUUUUCUGAUAUUCUCGUGGUGUCAGAGAGACGAAACAGAACGCAAAGAUGGGACGGAAGAAGAUACAGAUCACGCGGAUCAUGGACGAGAGGAACAGGCAGGUCACCUUCACGAAGAGGAAGUUUGGCCUGAUGAAGAAAGCUUACGAACUGAGCGUAUUAUGUGACUGUGAGAUAGCCCUGAUCAUAUUCAACAGCUCAAACAAACUCUUUCAGUACGCCAGCACUGACAUGGACAAAGUCCUGCUUAAAUACACAGAGUACAACGAGCCCCAUGAGAGCAGAACCAACUCGGACAUCGUCGAGGCGCUAAACAAGAAAGAACACAGAGGCUGUGAUAGCCCGGACCCCGAUGCCUCAUAUGUCCUCACCCCUCACACUGAAGAGAAAUAUAAAAAAAUUAAUGAGGAGUUUGAUAAUAUGAUGAGAAAUCAUAAAAUCCCCGCGGGCCUGCCCCAGCAGAACUUCUCCAUGCACGUGACCGUGCCGGUCAGCAACCCCAACGUCAUGUCCUACAACCCGGGCGCGGCAUCCCUGGGCUCCCAGGCCCUGGCGGCGGCCGCCGCCUCCCUGAACGAGAGCGGGAUGCUGUCUCCCCCGCACGCCUCCCUUCACAGGAACGUGGUGUCCGGCGGGGGCCCCCAGCGACCCCCCAGCACCGGCAGUGCAGGAAAUGGCUUUGUCAACCCGAGAGGCUCUCCUGGACUGCUGGGUAACCCCAGUGGCAACGGUCUGGGGAAGGUGAUGCCCACAAAGUCCCCCCCACCACCAGGGGGCAACAUGGGCAUCAACAGCCGCAAGCCCGACCUGAGAGUAGUCAUCCCCCCGUCCAGCAAAGGCAUGAUGCCCCCACUGUUCGGGGUGGGACAGUCAGAGGAAGAGGAAAUGGAGCUGAGCACCCAAAGGAUAAGCAGCUCCCAGUCCAACCAGCCCCUGGCCACCCCAGUGGUGUCCGUCACCACCCCCAGCCUGGCACCCCAGAGCCUGCUCUACUCAGGCAUGCCCACCGCCUACAAUACUGAAUAUUCCCUGAGCAGCGCCGAGCUCUCGUCUCUGCAAGGCUUCGGCUCUCCAGGGCUCUCUCUGGGCUCCGUGUCGGCAUGGCAACAACACCAACUGGGCCAGGCAGCUCUCAGCUCGUUGGUAGGUGGCGGUCACUUACCUCAAGGCUCCAACCUCUCCAUCAACACCAGCCAGAAUGUCAACAUCAAGUCCGAGCCCAUCUCACCCCCACGCGAGCGCCUCACCCCGUCCGGCUUUGCCACCCAGCAGCAGCAACAGCAGCAGCAGCAGCAGCAGCAGCAGCAGCAGGUGGCCCCGUCCAGCCGGCCGGACAUGGGCCGCUCGCCGGUGGACAGCCUCAGCUCGUCCUGCUCCUCCUACGACGGCAGCGACCGCGAGGACCACAGGACCGACUUUCACUCCUCCCUGGCCGGCCUGGGCGGCGGAGGCGGCGGCGGGCGGCCCCCGGCCGGGGGCGACGAGCGCGAGAGCCCCUCCGUAAAGCGCAUGCGCAUGGACACCUGGGUCACAUAAAAGAGCCCCGUGGUGGACAGCGCCCUCUGGUGGGCCGUCCGGGUAACAGCUGGCUGGAAACUCACAUCUGGACCUUCUUUGGGCCCUAACUGGCCCAGAGGGGGAGAUGGAUCCAGCUAGCUGUUAGCAGGGCGGCUGGAGGGAGGAGAGGGAGCGGGCUGAGCCAGAGAGGGAGGGGGGCGAGGGGCCGACACGACACGGGGACGGGGGUCAUUGUUGUUGUUGUUGUUGUUAUUAUUACUAUUAUUAUAAUUAUUAUUAUUUAACUUCAUUUCAUUUUGUAAAGUAGGUCAAGUGGUGGAGGAGGGAGUUGAGAAGAUGUCUUGACAUAUCUAAAUUUAAAAAAAAACAGCCAAGUCAAAGUGGGAAAAUCAAGUCAAGUUGUCAGGCUGAAUUAUGUGCUCAAGCAGGAGUUAUCAGGUACUCAGCGCAGGUCAGGUUUUCUGCAGGACCCCUUGUUUGAGGAGGGAAAAAAAAUACAAAAAAAAAACAAAGUAUAUAUAUAUAUAUAUUACAAAACUCUAGAUAACUGUAGUCACUGGUCCAGUCAGGCACUUACCUGUAGUAGCUGUUUUUUGCUGUUAAUCUUUUGCAAGUUUUCAAGCAAUCAGUGCAAGUAGGAGAGUGGCUUUCUGUCAGAUGGCUCUUGCCUUUGUUUUUGAUUAUUGUGUAACUUUACGUCCCCGUAAGCUUUUUUGAAGUGAACAGACAACUCAUUGUCUAUUGAAAAAUUUGACUUUAUCAAAUUCAAUUUGGGAAGUGUGUAGGUCAUGAGAUAUGGAGAGGAAGAUGUGUUGGUAUCUAAAUAUUUUCCCCAGUAAUAACACAAUAUCAGCGAAUAAGGAGACGGACAGACACAUCAUAAGACAUACUUCACAUGGUUGUUUUAUGUCAUUGGAAACUACACAGAAACACUUUUUAUUGGUACCUUCUUUUUGUGACUUCAAACGAAUGGGAAAAUCUAUUUAAGCCAUGAAAUCUAGACCAGUUGAACUGGCAUCAAUAUCAAGCUAUUCUUACUCACCUCAAACAACUUAAUGGUAUCGUAAGCCAAAGCUGUAUGUUUUUUGGUGUUUAUUUGAAGAAGUUUGGAGAUAACUAACAACUCCAGACAAUUAUUUCUUUUUCAGUUCUGUUAUAAUUGUGCUUUGUUGCAUACAACACAAAAAUAUCAUGCAAACCAGAUCUUGAAACAAUAUUGAAAGCCAUGAACACUUGAUGUUCUGUUUGUAAAUUAAAAAUUUGAGCCAAACAUUUUUUGUUAUGUAUAUAGCAACUUUAAUAUAUAUCACCUUCGGUGUAAGUACGUAUGUAUUGUACCUUCACCAGAUUCAAGGAAAAAAAGUAUAUUUUUGUGGAUUACUGCCAGAUUUACAAGGCGAUAUCCUUAUUAAGUAGAGUAUUCACUGGUUCAUAUUUACUAUUUUGUUAACAAUACUGUACUUUCUUCAAAACUGAAUUAUUAUCGUUAAUAAUCAAAGUGUUUUUAUUUUAAAGAAGGUAGUUUUUGGGUCGUGUUCCCUUUAAUGGUGGUGAAUGUCUGUCCAUACAAAAAUUGUAAUAACAGUGCUGUAAGUUUAAAGCGUCACUCUAUCUUUAUUUUCUAAGUCUUCUUUUUGUAAAGGAUAUCAUGAUGCUAAAGAACAUGUGGUUUCUUUCCUACAGCGAUUGUGUUUAGGACAGGUCCAAGGCUGCUGAAUACACUGCCUUUCAAACCACAUGGUCCCAUGUCAGCAUCGCUUAUUAUUCAACCAUUUUGAUUUGCCUAAUUCUAGACACAUAUCGAAUACUUUGUUCAAGAAAUUGCCCACCCCCAAAUUAUUUAGAAACCAAUGGGUGCAGCAUUUUGUUUUCUUGGUUAUUUUUGCCAUAUUCUUUCAUAUAUAUGAUCCACACCAAUUGAACAUGUGCACAAAAAUGUUUAUUGUAAAUAUCCUAGCAUUGUGUAACUAUCUGAAUACAACACAUUUUUCCUUUUCAUUUGUUUUUUGCAAAUUUGGCUCAAUAGACUGUCAUCAGCAUCAAAUUCUCAACAAAAAACCCAUCUUAUUUGUAACAAACCAUUUCCCGCAAAUGAAAAAGGCCCUCUGUAGUGCUUGAGCAAGGGAGGCCAUUCUACUCCCUACCUGGCUGCAGUUGCUUGGCUAUGAGCACCUGAGUCUCCUCACUCCAUGCAUACAGCUUUUGUUAAGCUGUUCCUGGCUUGCAUCUUUUCUCUCCCCCCCCCCUCCACCAACCCUUUACACAUAUCAGGAAACCCUUAAACAGACCCGGGCCAGGUGUGGUGCAGGUCAGCCAGGCCUGUAUCCAUCCAGGUCCGGAGGGGCAUCCGGUGUCAGCUGCAAUAGCCCACACACACACACACCCCGCCGCCACUCUACCGGUGGACAAAAAAGAGUCAGGGGAUUCAGCAGCUACAGUCAGAAACCUACAUGUACACAAAAUGGUGACCGAUUUGACAUGAUCUCACUGCUGGAUUGCACAAGUUUUUAUUGUGAAACAAACAAACAAACAAGUUUGCUGUAAUCAAAAGGAGUCUCUCUUUACAUUUCCUAUCUAUUUCUGUGCGUGAUGCCAUAGGCAGACAUAAAUAUAUAUAUACCUCCCUUUUUUGUCCUCACAAGCGAACAAAAAAAAAAGAACGAGCAGCUUGCUAGCUACAGUAUGCAAGCAGCUUGCGAUCAGCUGAUAUUGAUCUAUGCAGUCAUCAGACAAAACACAGGCCCACAGGCGCCCCUGACUUCUCUCGAGUGAUGUCUUUCUCUCUCCCUUAUAGCUGGAUGUAGUUUAUAUGCUCAGGCAUUGAACAGUGGGGGAAAAUGACUGUUAACCUCUUUCCCGUAAGUGCUUGCAUCUUCUCAUUGGUGGAACUAUCAUCCAUACCAUUCGAAUCCAACAAUUUCUAUAGUCACCUCAGCGUUAAAAAAUGUUAUUGAUGUGAGCUUUUCAAUCAGUACCUGUAGAUUUGCCCCCAGGAAAUUUCCAGAUGCUACACCAUUUAGUUUUUGCAUACUGACUCACAAUAUUUUAAAAGACCUCAUCAAUCCAACCAAACACAAUCAAAGCCUUUUUAUGUACAAAAGCAAUAAUCCCGUAGCUCAUGAUAUGGCUUAAUGGCACUAUCAGUAUCACCACAACAGUGCUUCUGUUGUUCCACACACAUUUUCACAAACUCACACACACAUACACACAGGCAUUCAGACAUUUGCAUGCAUUCACUAUGCACAGAAUUCUCAAUUGGAUAUCAGGGACUUUCUCUAGUUUCAUCAUAAAUGCACAGUCAGUGGGUAGCCUUAUUCCAAAGAAGCUGGUUACAUGAAUCACCAUGGAUCACACGUGGCAGGAAAAUCAGACUAAAGGAACCCCUUGUUUGAUCUUGGUUUGACAACAUUUAUUUUUUGCUGCUGUCAGACUAGUGUGCCGCACACACACCACAUGAAAUAUAUAGCAAAUCUAAAGAGACGCCAGAGCUCCUUUGGUCUGUGUGCUGUGUCAGAUAUCAUGCACAAUUGUUGAAUGUGAAAAGGAAGGGAUAUGUGGAAAAACAAGGAACGAAGGACGAUUUGUAGAUGACUUUCUUCACUUUGCUGUGCAAGAGUACACUGCUUUGCUUAAUGGCUUUUCUAAACAGAACUAUAUGUAUUUGGUAAUUGUUUGUAGUUACUAGUUCACUUCAAGAAGCUGUUUGCGGUUUGUCUGCUCAAACCGUUUGGCGGCACAAGCUGGACUUUGUUGCCAUGAAUGAAACAACAUGUUUCAGGAAGAAGAAAAAAAAAUCAAGAGAGAAUUUUAAGUUAAUCUGCAUUAUAUUUCCCUUGAAUGUGUUGUUUUAUCUUCACUAUACAAUAAAUAUUCUAGUGAACUUUUUAUCGAAUGACUAAGAUAUUAUGCUAGAGAUUGUUGUACAAAUUUGUAUUCUGCAUUCACUAAAGUAAAGAUAUUGGCUUUUACUGUGUAAUAUAGGUCCUCUCGCUUAUUCUGUACAAACUGAAGUGGGCAACUAUGAAACUGAUAAGACUGUGUGACGUCCAACAUGUGAAGUCUCCAAUAACAGAACCUGUCAGCUCAAUUAAAACAUCAAUGUACUCCCAAA